CAUCCCUCUUAUCCACUCUUGCCCCCCUUCAACACACUUCUCUCAUCCACAUCAGUCGUGGACGAGAGCGUGAAAACAGCCCACUUCCGUCGUCAUGAAUCCGCUCCUCGCGGCGGCGAACGCGGCUGCCAACGCCGACGAUGACAAGCUCUCGGAUUAUGUCCCGGACAGCCGCGACCUUUCCAUGUCGCGAGCAGCCUCGACGAAUGGCUCCGACAAGACGCCCCAGCACCACAUCAACACUGGCCCUCAAACGCCGGAGGACGAGGAGGAGCUCGAUGACGAUGAGGGCGAUGACGAUGAGCUCGAUGAGGAGGCCCUGCUCGGUGGCGACUCGAGCCAAAUGACUCCUUCGGCCAAGAAGCGUGCCGACGCGUCCAAGGCUAGGAAGGAUGCCACAGCCGAGCGAAAGGCGCAGAUCAACCAGAUUGGCCAGAAGAGGAGCGAACUUGAGAAGAACAAGCUCGCCGACUCGAUGAAGCGUUUCAACUACCUUCUGGGCCAGACCGAGCUCUUCCAGCACUUUGUUGACCUCAAGAGGCAACGAGAGCCCGAAUUUGCGGCCAUGUUGGACGAGCAACUUGCCCAGACUGCGAGCAAGGGCAAGAAGAAGGCGGCCGACAACCGACACCGCAAGUCGGAGAAGGAGGAGGACGAGGAGCUCCUCAAGGACGAGGACGGCGAUGACGAGGCCUUCGUCUUUGAAGAGAGCCCAGCGUAUGUCAAGGGCGGCAAGAUGCGCGACUAUCAAGUGCAAGGACUCAACUGGAUGGCAUCGCUUCACCACAAUGGCAUCAACGGUAUUCUCGCCGAUGAGAUGGGUCUCGGUAAGACUCUGCAGACAAUCUCGUUCCUCGGCUACCUCAAGUUCCACCGUGGUAUCAGCGGCCCCCAUCUUAUUGUUGUUCCCAAGUCGACUCUUGACAACUGGUCGCGUGAAGUUAACAAAUGGGUGCCCGGUUUCCGCACCCUGGUUCUCCAGGGCACCAAGGAAGAGCGUCUUGAUCUCAUCAACAACCGCAUCCUCACGCAGCAGUUCGAUGUCCUCAUUACAUCGUACGAAAUCUGCUUGCGUGAAAAGUCCACCCUGAGGAAGUUUAGCUGGGAAUACAUCAUCAUCGAUGAGGCACACCGUAUCAAGAACGUCGACUCGCUCCUCAGCCAGAUCAUUCGCACCUUUGCUUCGCGUGGUCGUCUUCUCAUCACCGGUACUCCUCUGCAGAACAACCUGCAGGAGCUUUGGGCCCUCCUCAACUUCAUUCUCCCAGACGUCUUCUCGUCUAGCGAGGACUUUGACGAGUGGUUCAAGUCGAAGGGCGACGAUGAGCCUGACGCCAUUGUCAAGCAGCUCCACAAGGUGCUCCGCCCCUUCUUGCUUCGUCGUGUCAAGGCCGAUGUCGAGCAUUCGCUUCUCCCCAAGAAGGAGAUCAACCUCUACGUCGGCAUGACCGACAUGCAGCGCAAGUGGUACCGCAUGCUCCUCGAGAAGGACAUUGACGCGGUGAACGGUGCCUCAGGCAAGAAGGAGGGCAAGACAAGGUUGCUCAACAUUGUCAUGCAGCUGAGGAAGUGUUGCAACCACCCUUACCUGUUCGACGGUGCCGAGCCUGGACCUCCAUACACUACCGAUGAGCACCUCAUCGACAAUGCCGGCAAGAUGGUCAUUCUUGACAAGCUCCUCAAGUCGAUGAAGGCCAAGGGCUCCCGUGUCCUCAUCUUCUCGCAGAUGAGUCGUGUGCUGGACAUUCUCGAGGACUACUGCCAGUUCCGAGAGUUCAAGUACUGCCGUAUCGACGGCAACACGCCCCACGACGAGCGUAUCAACGCCAUCGACGACUACAACGCUCCUGACAGCGAAAAGUUCAUCUUCCUCCUCACCACUCGUGCUGGUGGUCUUGGUAUCAACCUUGUUACUGCCGACAUUGUUGUUCUCUUCGACAGUGACUGGAACCCCCAGGCGGAUUUACAAGCCAUGGACCGUGCCCACCGUAUUGGUCAGACCAAGCAGGUCUACGUGUUCCGCUUCAUCACCCAGGAUGCCGUGGAGGAGCGUAUUCUCGAGCGAGCUACGCAAAAGCUUAAGCUGGACCAGCUGGUUAUUCAGGAAGGCCGUGCUCAGCAGGGCCAGAAGCUUGGAUCCAACAAGGAUGAGCUGCUUGAUAUGAUCCAGCACGGAGCUGAGAAGAUCAUCAACUCGUCUAUCAGCAUGAUGGUUGACGAGGAUAUCGACGAGAUUAUCAAGAACGGAGAGGACAGGACCAAGGAGCUCAACAGCAAGUAUGCUGGUCUGGACCUCGACGCCCUCAACAGCUUCAAGUCGGAGAGUCUCAUCAACACCUGGGAAGGCGAGGACUUUGCGGCCAAGCGUAACAAGCUCAUUUGGAUUGAGCCCGCAAAGCGCGAGCGCAAGGGCAACUACUCGAUCGACCAGUACUACCGCGACAACAUGAAGAUGUCGGCUCCCAAGUCUGACAAGCCCAAGGCGCCCCGUCCUCCCAAGCAGAUUCACAUCAACGACUUCCAAUUCUUCCCUCCUAGACUUGUCGAGUUGCAGAACCGCGAGUACGACCACCACCUCAAGUCACAGAACUACGUUGUCCCUGCCCGUGAGCCCGAGGAGGGCGAGACGGCCGAGGACGUUGAUGCCGAGCGCGCCGAGGAGCAGGAGCGUAUCAACAACGCCGAGCCUCUCACGGAGGAGGAGAACCUUGAGAAGGAAUCCCUCGUCUCCGAUGGAUUCUCUGAGUGGCAGCGUCGCCACUUUGUCAGCUUCAUCAAGGGUCUCGAGAGGUACGGCCGCGAUGCGCUGGACAAGGUCGCCUUGGAAGUCCAGGACAAGACCGAGGAGGAGGUCCGCGAAUACUCCAAGGUCUUCUUUGAGCGCUACACGGAACUCAAGGACGCCGAAAAGUACAUGGACCGCAUCAAGGCCGGCGAGGAGAAGCUGCGCGAGCAGCACGAGAGGAUCAACGCCCUUCACAAGAAGGUCAAAUCCUAUCAGUACCCCAUGCAGGAGCUCAAGCUCCAGUACGGCCAGAACAAGGGCAAGUCGUACUCUGACGAGGAGGACCGCUUCCUGCUUGUGCGCAUGCACCACCACGGCAUCGACCGCGACGACUGCUACGAGCUCAUCAAGCGCGACGUUGGCGAGUGGCCCCUGUUCCGCUUUGACUGGUUCUUCAAGUCUCGCACGCCAGAAGAGCUCCGUCGCCGUGGCGCUACGCUGCUGCUGUGCAUCAUGAAGGACUUCAAGGACGAGGAGGACAAGAAGCCGGCCAAGGGUGGCAAGAAGCGCGCGUUUGACGACCUCAAGUCGUCUGGCGGUGCUUCGCGUGACACGACACCUGGCGCGACUUCGGCCAAGUCCAAGAAGGCCAAAAAGUAGAGUAGAGUGUAUUGUUUCCUCCUAGCUAGCUGUACUGUGUGGGACACGACCAAGUCCCCCGUGUAUACCCCUCCCAUUCCACAUGCAACGAUUGUGCGGCCAACA